AAGCAGAUCACCAUCAGAGGGAGUCACACCAGAGAAACAUCCCAGGAGCUGCAGCAGAUCCCAGAACCGACCCUCGCAAUGGCGUUUUUUGGAUCAGCUAAAACCCAUGGAUCAAAGAGCUUCACGUCAAGGACCACCUUCUUUCUUUACACUGUGAUGUUUUUGGGGACCUGUGUGGAAGGUUGGUCUUACUACUACUCCAAUAACACCAUGAAUUGGCAAGACGCACGAACGUGGUGCCAGAAGUACUACACCGACAUGGUGGCCAUUCAGAACCAGGAGGAGAUCGCCUAUAUUAACGAUAUACUGCCCAAGAUGGAAAGAUACUACUGGAUAGGGAUCCGAAAGGUCAACAACACCUGGACCUGGGUCGGAACCAACAAGCCUCUGACAGCAGCCGCAACCAACUGGGCAAAGAAUGAACCGAAUAAUGGCAAGACUGGGAAGAAAGUCAAUCGCAAUGAAGACUGUGUGGAGAUGUACGUCAAAAGGGAGACUGAAACGGGCAAGUGGAACGAUGAGAGAUGUACAAAGAUGAAGACUGCUCUGUGCUACACAGCCGCCUGUACGAAUGACGCGUGCGAGCACGGGGAGUGUGUUGAAACCAUUAACAACCACCACUGCGAGUGCUUUGAGGGCUUCUAUGGGGACAGGUGUGAACACGCUGUUCAGUGUAAAAGAGAUGAGGUGACAAUACCACCAAAAGCAAACGUCAAUUGCUCUCACAAGCAUGGGGACUACUCGUAUGACUCCACUUGCCAGUAUUCCUGCGAGGAGGGAUACCAGCCAAGCACUCCGAGGCCCAUUGUCUGCACGGCCUCUGGGAACUGGUCAGAGCAACCUCCCUCUUGCCAAUUGGUGCAAUGUAGGAAGCUGUCUGCACCCGACAGAGGCUCCAUGGAGUGCUCCGCUCCUCUGGGCCCAUCCAGCUACCAGUCCAACUGUGUGUUUUCCUGUGAGGAGGGCUAUGAGAUGGUUGAAUCCCUGUCUAACACUUUGCAGUGCGGAGCCACGGGACGUUGGAAUGACUCACGGCCAUUUUGUGUUGCUGUGCAGUGUCCUGACCUCCAGCAGCCGGAAAAUGGAGUUGUCAGCUGCGGAGAGGAUCCAGACAUGAGAUUCAGCUAUGGGAACAGCUGCAGCUUCAGCUGUGCCCCAGGUUACCGUCUGCUGGGGUCAAGCAUGGUGACAUGCACGUCGACAGCUGCGUGGAGUGAGAGGAUGCCUCGUUGUGAAGCAAUCACCUGCCAGAAGCCUGAGGGAGCACAUCUGCUCACAGAGUGCAGCGACCCCUACAAUACGCUACAGCCAGGCUCUAUGUGCCACUUCAGCUGUCAGACAGGCUUCACACUGCAGGGGAGGCCCAUCGUCCAGUGUUCCGAAGAGGGCGAGUGGGAUGUAGCGAUACCUACCUGCACAGCGCUGCAGUGUCCCCCUCCUCUGGCACCAAUGUCUGGACAGAUCAGGUGCGAGGAGCCUUCUCGCUCUUUGGUUGCUUCUGCUGGUGCCCCCCAUCCGCUGGGCUCAGUCUGCACUUUCAGCUGUGACGAAGGCCACGAGCUCCGCGGUGUGUACGACAUGGAGUGCACACAGUCAGGCCAGUGGAGCUCUCCCCUACCGACUUGCACAGCAGUGAAAUGCCCCUCGCUGGAGGCUCCCGCCAACGGUGGUAUCAACUGUUCAGAUGCAGGGCUGGUGUACAACUCGCAGUGCUCCUUUACAUGUGACCAGCAUCACUCAUUACACGGGCACGAGGUCGUGACCUGCGAUCGCCACGGCAACUGGACGGGAGAGACACCCGAGUGUCAAGAAUCUGAGAAAGUUCUCCUGACCCCUACUGUCGUGGGUGCGAUGACAGGGGGCGCUAUCUCAUUAUCUGCACUGUCCCUGGCUGCUUGGCUGAUUAAACGACUCAAGCUGAAGGGAAACAAGUUCGAACUGAACAGCAACUCGGAGAUGGACAGCUCCACACAGGUGUACAGGAACAGCAUCGACAGCCUUAUAUAGCGCGCAGUCACAGGAAUGUCCUAUAUCUACUAGAUGCACGAGUCACGUGACGUACUCUGCAAAGAAAACGCCUGUCUAGGAACAGUGUCCCCAGCUGCGGAGGACAUUCGUCAACAGCCGCCUUCAUGUAUAUUGAUUCUGAUUCACUAGUAAGAACAAGUCCACCACCGUGAUGGUGAACGAUCCCACUCUGUCCAGCCUACCAGUCCAUACUGUGUCCUGUAGGUAAAUCCUGAAGGGGGAAAGGUGUGUGUGUGUGUGUGUGUGUGUGUGUGUGUGUGUGUGUACUGCUGAGUACUGUUGUGUUUGGAAAAGAAGCGAUUCCAUUCUUCAUCAUGGACCACACUGGUCUCCCAUGAAGGGACACAGCUUUUGUCCCAAGGGGAGUUUUAUUUUGAACAUAUUGUUCUACCGCUGUUUUUUUCUUGAACGUGCCCGUAUUUUUUUCUGAAUAUCAGCAUAUUUUUGUAGAUUUCCAAAUUCCCUACACUGUGCUGUAAUGUGUAUUAAGCUGUGAAAAUAUUUUCGGUGUACAGUUUAGAUUCAAGUAUUUAUGCACUAUUUAUUUAGUAGAUGGUUACUGCAUCAUAAUUAUGUAUAUUAAAACUUUGUAACUAUUAAAACCCUCAAUCA